AUGGAGAUCGAUUGUGACGUUCUUGUUUAUGGAGGUACUUCUGGAGCUGUCGGAACUGCUGUAGAAGGUGCCAGACUUGGUCUAAGGGUCCUUAUGAUAUCGCCAAGUGAACACAUUGGCGGUGUUCAAAUCGAAGGUCUAGGCGCUACAGACAUUGAUGGACAGGUUGAAUUUCAGAACAGCCCCAGUGUUGGUGGUAUUGGCCUAGAAUUUCACCACCGUAUCAGUGCUGCGUAUGGACGAUCACAGAAAUUGGAGACAGUCCUUAAGGAGGGCAUCAAAGACCCCUCUGUCUGGCGCUUCGAGCCUAGAGUUGCAGAGAGUGUGGUCAAAAACUGGCUGGGAGAGUUUCCUAAUAUUCAAAUCAUUAAGGCAUCAAUUUCACCCGCUAAGGCUGUCGAUAAGAGUGGCGGUAUAGUUACCAAAGUACACUUGUCAAACGGACUUCAUGUUUCGGCAAAGAUCUUUAUCGAUGCCACUUACGAAGGUGACUUCCUAGCUAGUGCAGGGGUUUCAACUACUUUUGGUAGGGAGGCUAGUUCUGUCUACGGUGAAAUGUUAGCAGGAGUGCGGGACGAAACUAUUUACGGACAGAUCGAAGUCUCCAUUGACCCGUAUCGAACGCCAGGAGAUCCGUCUAGUGGCCUUCUCUACGGAAUUUCUAGCGAGCCGUUUGGUACACCCGGAAUGGGUGAUGAUCAUCUCAUGGCGUUUUCUUUUCGACUCCCGUUGACGGACAACCUAGACAAUCAACUCCCAAUAUAUAAGCCUGAAGGAUAUGACGCAAGUCAUUAUGAAUUGUAUAGAAGACAUGCACUGGCUGGAGGGAGACUUUACACCCCGAUAGUCCGAAUUCCUGGUAGCAAAACUGAUAUUGUCGGGUGUGAAGCGCCACUACAUCUUGAUUUAAUAGGCAUGAACGAUGGAUGGGCGGAUGGAUCAGCAGAAAAGCGCAUGGAAAUACUUGAAAGAGCUGCUCUCUUCACGAAGGGCUUGCUUUACUUUUACACGAGCGAUGAAUCACUACCCCUUCCAUUCCGUAAGGAAUGGCAACGUUUUGGCUACCCUCUCGACGAAUUUCCCGACAACAAUCACUUCCCGCGCAUGUUAUACAUUCGUGAUGGCCGUAGGAUGGUUUCUGACUAUGUCAUUACCCAUCACACAGCAGCACGUGACGGAGGUGAGCCGCUAGUCCACGACCCAGUAGCUGUUGCCUACUGGCCGCCGGAUACUCAUGACGCCCGCCGUGUGGUACGCGACGGAAGAGUACAAAAUGAGGGAUUCAUUUUCAAAGAUAAGAACAACAAGUGGAAACCGUUCGGAAUCUCGUAUCGGUCUUUGGUCCCCAAGCGAGUCGAGGCGAUGAAUGUCUUGACCCCAACUUGUCCGUCAUCGUCGCAUCUAGGUUACGGUUCCGUCCGUAUUGAACAUCAAUUUUAUGAGCUCGGUCAGGCCUGUGCAAUUGCAGCGGACAUCGCAAUCAAGCAAGGUAUACCGGUUCAAGACGUUCCAUAUGACACUAUGAAGAAGGAGUUACUAUCGAGAGGUGCAAUAUUGGAUGCGUCUAAGGUGGGAGUGCCAUCAUUUCCUGAUGAGGGUCUCAAAUAA